AUGCCCCGAUCGUUUCUCAUCAAAAAACGUGAGUGUGGUAUUCGCAGCUGGGGUCACGUGUCAGAUGACCAGCGAGGGGAUUUCUACGUUCCAGGAUGCUCAUACGGACAAGCAAUGCAACCUUUGUCUGAACAAAACGCAGCAAUCAACCCAGAAGUGAGGUCACAUGACCUGCACGCAAAGUUACUUGAGGGAAGCUUCCAAGGAGAACCUCAUUUGGACGGACAAUCUCUGAGUGGCAAAGCCAAGAUGAAACCAGCCGGCGGCCAGGGUCACUUUGUCUGUUUCUGCUGCUGGAAGGUUUUCUCAUUGCAGCGCAUGCUGACCCGCCACCUGAAAUCCCACAGCGCGGUGAAGAGGCACGUCUGUCGGUUCUGCGGGAAAGGAUUCAACGACACGUUUGAUCUGAAGAGGCACCUGAGGACGCACACAGGUAUCCGGCCGUACAAGUGCGACCGAUGUGAGAAGGCGUUCACACAGCGCUGCUCGCUGGAGUCACACCUGAAGAAGAUUCACAACGUGCACCAGAACUACGCCUACCGGGAACGCCGCUCCAAGAUAUUUGUGUGCGAGGAGUGCGGCUUCACGGCGGCCCAGGGAGACACCUACUUCCUCCACCUCAGGGACUAUCACCCCAUGAAUCCCGCGUUGUGCAGGUUCCUACGGAAACGCACGCCAGCCCAGAACAGAAUUCGAAUGCUGCUCUUCCCACACUACUUGUGA